AUGACAAUUAAUAAAUCCCAUGGCGAAUCACUUGAUUGUGUAGGAUUGUAUUUGUCCGCUCCUUUUUUUAGUCAUGGCCAAUUGUAUGUUGUAAUCUCAAGAGUUAAGAGAAAAUGUGGGUUAAAAUUCUUAAUACACAACAAAGAGAAUGAAUCAUGUUUAACUACUAUAAAUGUCGUGUUCAAAGAAGUCUUUCAAGCACUGUAUUAA